AGACGUCACAGUUUGUGCAAGGGAGUAUAGGCUGUGUUGUCAGCCUAGUGUCAGUCUGAUGAAGAUUGGCAUUCAGACUUUGUGUGGAGGACCGGACACUAAGGCGUGGAAGAGCAGACGACAACAACAUUGACUGCUGCUGUGUUGCUGAGGGCAAACUAACUGUCUCCAUGUGAAUCUGUCCCAUGAUGCAACAUGUGUCCCCAGCACUAACAAUGAUGGCCACUCAGAGCGUUCCUCCACCAUCGUACCAGGAGAGCCAACAGAUGACGGGCACCACCCAACAGAACUCCAAGGCCCAACAGGUCCACAUCUCAGCAUCCUCGGAGGCUGGGAAUACCCCCAUCAGUGUGACCCUUGACCCCCAGGCCCAGCUGGAGUCAGAUAAGCGGGCCGUUUACAGACAUCCCCUAUUCCCACUGCUGGCCCUGCUGUUUGAGAAGUGUGAGCAGGCCACCCAGGGCUCUGAGUGCAUCACCUCUGCCAGCUUCGAUGUGGACAUCGAGAACUUUGUGCACCAGCAGGAGCAGGACCACAAGCCAUUCUUCAGCGAGGACCCCGACCUGGACAACCUGAUGGUGAAGGCCAUCCAGGUGCUGAGGAUCCACCUUCUGGAGCUGGAGAAGGUUAACGAGCUCUGCAAGGACUUCUGCAACCGCUACAUCACCUGCCUCAAGACCAAGAUGCACAGCGACAACCUGCUUCGCAAUGACCUGGGCGGGCCCUACUCGCCCUCGCACACCUCGCUCAGCCUGCAGCAGGACCUCCUCCAGACAUCCUCUCCGUCCAUGACAUCAGUCUCCAGCUCCGUCAACUCCUCGGGCAUCAUGGUGCACACCGGGACCCUGCAACAGGGUAACAUUGCCAUGACUACCAUCAACUCCCAGGUGGUGUCAGGUGGCACCUUGUAUCAGCCGGUUGCCAUGGUGACAUCGCAAGGGCAGGUGUUAACCCAGGGACUCCCCCAGGGGACCAUCCAGAUCCAGAAUUCACAGACAGCGGCGGCCUCAGUGAAUACCCAGGACCCAGCCGAGGCGGCACUCUACACGUGGUCUGGGAAUAGAGUGCAGCCCCGUAGCUACAUCACCGACAAGCUCCCGGUAAACCUGGACUUGGCUUCACUCUUGGACAGUGAUGACAAGAAGCACAAAAACAAGAGAGGGGUCCUGCCCAAGCACGCCACCAACAUCAUGCGCUCCUGGCUCUUCCAGCACCUCAUGCAUCCCUACCCAACAGAGGACGAGAAAAGACAGAUUGCAGGACAAACCAAUCUCACCUUAUUACAGGUCAACAACUGGUUUAUCAAUGCUCGCAGGCGCAUCCUCCAGCCCAUGCUGGAUGCCAGUAACCCAGACCCAGCUCCCAAGGCUAAGAAGAUGAAGUCCCAACACCGUCCAACCCAGCGCUUCUGGCCAGACUCCAUUGUUGCUGGCGUCUUGCAGACACAUGGACCUCACUCUAACAACGCUGACAACCCCCUAGGCUUGGACAGCCUCCAGCCCCUGUCCUCUGACUCAGCCACCCUGGCCAUGCAGCAAGCAAUGCUGGGUGGAACCGACGACUCCAUGGAUGGCACAGAGGAAGAGGAGGAGGAGGAGGAGGAGGAAGAGGAAGUUAUGGAGGAGGACGAGGAAGAUGAGGAGGAGGAAGAGAGCGAGGGAGGGAGACGUAUAUCCGGCGGCGGAGGAAGGAGAGAUCUGGGCAUGGAGCAUAGAGAGGGGCUAGAGUAAUGAGAUGUGUUAAAGGACAACGUGACCUUUUGACACCUGGGUUGUGUUCAGUAGUCACCAAAACAGAAGAAAACAGACUGAGACAGAAAGGGACUACCUGGAUUUCUCCACUAAGAAAUUUGUUUUGUUAUGGGUGCUCUAAUGAACACAAUUCAGACCAUACUUUCCCUCCACAAACCACACCUCCAUUCAAUCUUAACCCCUGCCCAGCCCCUAGAUUCAGGCAACAGUCACACCUUGAAUGGGCCUUUUGUUUUUUCUACCAUGGAUUUCUGUCAAGAAACUACAGAUCCGUCCCAUCAGAACUCUUAAGAAGGAAGAUCCUAUAUGAGGAUUAGGGGUCUGAAGGUGUCCUAAAAUGGUCACCAUAAAUUGUGUGUCCUAGAAUGGACACCAUACUCUGUGGACUAGUGGGUCACCCCAAACCUCUUAUGUUUUAUUACUGACAAAACAAUGACAACUAUGAGUUGCUGUAUGUGAGUUGAUUGUGAACUUGUACUGUAGGUCUAUACCUGGCCGUCACGUUGGGUUCCAUGCUUUGGAAUCAUCCAAGCCUUAGUCCGUUUCAGAUUGACUCCAUGAACACGAUGUUGUCAUUAUGUUUUCCGCACACAUUUUCAUAAUGUUGAUGACGAGCGAUUUUUCACUGCAACAAAAUUGAUGUUUUCGGGCAUGAUUAAAAAAACGUUUCAUUCUUUGAGGCCAAGAGCAAAAACUGCACAAAGUAUGUAUAUUAGAUGUUUUGACGUUUGCGUUACAUUGCUGAAGGCUUGCAUAUUUAUAAACAAUUUCCUUCGAGCUUUCAGAAGACUGUUGAAAUGGCACCUUUGUAGAAGGCACAAAGUAACUGCUGUGAUUUUCUGGAGGUCUUGCAAUUGAGAAAACUGAGUUAGUGAAUCUGAGUUAUCGAAGUUACUGAUGGCCAAUCAAGGUGACAAAAUCUCAAGACUGGAAAGAAAUACUCUAUGUCACAUUGAGGAUUCACAUUACAAACCAAACACUGCCUUGGUAACAGUGUCUCAAUGAGUUAAAGAAAAACAUACCGACAUGAAGAGAAAUGGAAUUGAAUCCUCAAUUUAAAGAACUAACAUCUUUAAGUGAAAACCUUUGCAAGAAAAAGACAAUUUAAAGGGAAAGCCUGCAUAUUUAAAGGGAAGAGUUAAAUUCCUGAAACGAUUCUCUAUGUUUCACGUUAAGGAUUUGAAGAAACUGUGAAAACUAAGUUCAACCCUCUUUUUGUGCUAAAUGAAAUCCACAAAAUUAAGCCACCCGUUUUCUAAUGUGAUGUCUAGAAAAGAAAAGAAAAACCUGUUCUUGAAUGUUCA